UGUAUCCCCAAUAAUAAUGAAAGACUCGGAAUUGAUAGCGCAAGGCGCGGAAGCGCGUCUCUAUAAGGGUAUCUAUCUAGGAAAAACUUGUCUGAUGAAGGAGAGGUUCGUGAAGAAUUAUCGACAUCCGGAACUGGACGCGCGUCUCACCAAGGAUCGCAUUAAGGCCGAGGCUCGCGCCAUUAUCCGGGCAAAAUCCGCAGGGAUAGCAACGCCGGCCUUGUAUCUAGUUGAUUUGGAGCGACGCAGUAUCUAUAUGGAGUAUAUGGAAAAUGGUACGAUACUGAAAGACUUCAUAGACAAAAAUAUCUCGGGGAAGUCAAACGUAGAUCACCUGCUGGAUUUCAUAGGACGCGGAUUGGGUAUGCUGAUAGCUAGGCUGCACUCGAAGCAUAUUAUUCAUGGCGAUCUGACCACGUCAAACGUAUUGCUCAAAAAAGACUCGAAUGAUUCGUUCUACAGUGACCAAUCCGAAGCUGAGAUGCAAUUUAUAAUGAUAGAUUUUGGAUUGGCUCGAGUGGAUUCUACGCUAGAAGACAAAGCCGUCGAUCUGUACGUUCUCGAACGAUCGUUGCUCAGCGCGCAUUCCGAAGUGCCGACAUUGUUCGCCCGUAUUUUUCAUUGCUAUCAACAGCAUUAUCAAAAUAAAAAUCAAUGUGAUCAGAUACUUGCUAAAUAUAAACAGGUACAGGAACGAGGACGUAAGCGUUUGAUGAUUGGCUAAAAAAGCAAAAGUAUUUCUAAAGAUUAUUUUUUUAAAUCUUAUAAAAUACUUAAAACUUAAAUACUUUAAAAAAUAUUUUUGCAUUUAAUUGCAAAUAACUCUCAGUACUUUUUAUGCUGAUAAAUGUCAAGUUAUAAAUAGCAAGUGAAUAAGAACAAAGUCAAUCAUGUGACAGAUUAUAAGUGUGCAGAGUAGUCGUUUAGAAUUAAGAUGGUUUGAGAAGGUAAGGAGAUCCUGUUUUUAUGUAGAUAAAUCAUAUUUAUAUGUAACAAUAUGUAACAAUAUACGAGAUGUCAGUAUACAAUAUCUAUUGCGAGGAAAUGACUAUUGCAUACAUAUAAUGAAUUUGGCAGCGGCGAUGAUCCAUAUGAAAAAGCUAUUGCUUUUUAUUCAUAAUUUGUUAUGUAAAUUAAUCAAAAUGCAAUCCUGAGUAUAUAAUAAUCCAGGUUACCUAUCAACAAAUGUAUGGUUUAUGAGAUAGAAAAAAAGAAAGGUUAAAGAAAGGAAA